AUGACACGUGACACUCCUCCAUCCACUGCAGAUCACGUGACUUUGUUAAAUGUCCCACAACUACAGCCUUUUCCAAGCAAUCAGGAAAAUCAGGCUCUGCCAAACUCUUUCGAUGGAGAAGUUAUAGCGUUUUACUCUUUAUUCCCUACACGCCUUUAUUUAUUAUUUUUUAAUCGUAUAAAGACCCACUUUUGUGCGGCUUUAACAAUGGGCAUAACAAAACUGGCAGAUUUAGUUCGUUUUGAAGCUCCAAAUGCCAUCUCUCACAAAGACAUCAGAGACUACUCAGGAAAAACUAUUGCAUUGGAUACAUCGAUCAUUAUGCACCAGUUUCGAGCUGCUCUCAAUUCACUGAAUGGCAGCCUGACUCUGGCUCUCUCUGGUCUCUUCUACCGCACAUUGACGUUACUGGAACAUGAUAUAAAGCCUGUGUUUGUGUUUGAUGGGAAGCCUCCAGUUGAAAAAUUAUCCACUCUUGAGAAAAGAGCAGAGGCAGAUGGAAGGAAGUUCACCAACUACUUAGGCUUUGCAUCAACCCAAACCAAAAAUUGCAUCCAACUGCUGGAGCUGUUGGGAGUUCCGGUUGUUCAGGCCAAUGGCGACGCAGAGGCCCUCUGUGCACAGCUGGUGAAGGCAGGGGCCGUGGAUGCUGUGGCCUCUGAAGACAUGGACACACUGCCAUUCGGGGCCACCAUUUUGAUACGACAACUCAACGCCAGCAAGGACAGUGAAGUCAUAGAGUACUCCCUCGAGAAACUACUGCAAAAACUUGAACUCACUCAAAAGGAGUUUGUAGAUCUUUGUAUUCUACUGGGCUGUGACUACUGUGACAAGAUUGCUGGACUGGGCCCCAAAAGAGCCCUAGAUUUAAUAAGGAAGCAUCGGACAAUUGAAGAAGUGGUUUUGCAUGUCAAGAAAAAGACACAUCCAAUUCCACAUUUUUGGAAAUAUAAAGCAGCAAGAAAAUUAUUUCUAGACCAACCAAAUACAGACAUCCCCACGUUUUUUUGGUCAGAGCCUGAUGAAGAAGCCCUGGUUAGGUUUUUGAGCCAUGAAAAACAUAUCAAGGAGGAGAAGGUACGAAAUCGACUGACAACAUUUCAUCAAAAGCGCAAAAAGCUCAGAGAAGAAAGAGAGACAAGUAAAGGAUUUAAGCAGACACGGAUGGACGACUUCUUCAAAAAGACCAGGAAAAGAGGAGCAACUGUGGAUGCUGCAGAGUCCUCAAGCGGAAAAGGAAAAAGACCGAAGACUAAAUAAGGAUGGAUCUGUCUGUGUGCUCGCAAAUUUCUGAGGAGAAGAGGGCCCUUGUCCUGCUCAGCGUCCCGUCUGUAAAUGAUCAUCCCGACCGAAUGCCUUUGAAACGUAACAGAAUCCUCAUCUAAUCAAGACAUGGACAUUUUAAACAUAAACAUCACUCCUGGUAAUUAUGAUAUUAGGUUAUGUUCAUUAUUUGAGCAUCUUGUGACAGAGUGCGUAGCUGAAGCACUAUGAAAGCCCCCAGUGUAGUGCUGGAGAAAGGAAGUCUUCUUAUCACAGAUUCAACAAGCACCUGUUGUGUGGCGGUGCCAAACUCGAGGCCAGAAAGCUGAAUGUAUAAAAAAGAAGAUGAUGAGAUGUUGAAAUCCACAAUUAUGUUACUUUUAUACAUUUUAUAAUAACGUUUUAAUUGUUUUAGUCUGACUUUUUAAUGUAUAAAAAUAAUGUUAUGUUUUGUUAUGUUUGAAUAAAUCAUGGAGCAAAAAGGG